AUGGAGGUCCCUGUGAACGAAGACUCGAUGGAAAUGGCCUCUCCAUACCAAGGGCACGCCGAUGACUUUGAUAUCGAUAUUGAUCUGAUGGAAGAUCAUGUCUCCAACAUGGACAGCGAUAUGAUGGGGGCAGAUGAAUAUCCUAACACUUCCCAGCCAUCCGUACUCAACGGGGUAAAUGACGAUGCGGACAUGGCCGAUGAGCCUUCCGAAGGCUCGAUGGUUGAUGCCGACAACUUCGCCGACGAUGAUCACGACAUCGAUGUGCAGUACGACGAAGAGCCAUACGAAGCUGAAAUGUUGGAGGGCAAUCAAGUCGAAGGCAUCGAAGAACCUCUUCCAACGAUCCAAAUUGAAGUUCAACCGACUCAGGAUGCCGAAACGGCCCCGUCCAGCAACACUCCCCUAGAAUCGAGCGAGACCUCACACCAACCCCCUGAGCAGAUCCUACAGAAUAUCGAUGUCACUGCGGAGACGAUACAGUCCAUACCGCCGGUUGAGAUGGCAAGCCAGGACCCCCAGACGACCAUCCAGCAUUCUUCCUUGGAGCAGAACGAAGCUGAGAGUAGCCAGCUCGAGGAGUCUUUACCGAACGAAAAUGUUGAAUCAAAGGCCAUAGAUGCCCAACCUAUACCCGAGGAAAACCUAGCCAAAUUGGAAAACGUUGCUCAAAAUGACGAAGAGAGCAAUGAGCAAGCUGAUGAUCUCAGUCAGAGUGUUGAGCCCUCUUAUGGUAAGACCGAAGAAGGCCACGUUGAGCAUGAUGACGCUCAUGAAUCGUAUGAAGCCGAAGGCCAGAGCCAUGACAACGAUGAUGGGUCUCUCCACUCAAUCAAGGUGAUCUACCAGGACAAUGAGAUCUCGCUCUUCCCUCCCAUGGAAGGCGAUUCCUCCGAGACAUUCUUUCUCCAUGACGAAGAUUUGGCAUAUGAUCAUUUCGAUAAGUUGUUCAGCUCUCUUCGCGAGGUGCUCCUGGAUAAUGUUGCCGAGAAUGAGAUCCUCGUAAUUGAUAUCGAUUCGCUUGGUAUUCAAUUAACAGAGGACUCUUCGUACACAUCCAAAAUUACCCUGCAUCAGAUUCUGGACAUCUAUCUUCGACUUUGCCAUAACGAUGGCACAGAUGAACCCGAGGCUUUUUAUCUCAGCCUUAGCAGCAGAUUGACCGUUAGCUCAGAGCUUGCCGAUCUUGAUAGUGCGGCUAGAGAAGGGAAAGGGCUGUCUCAGAUUCACCCGUGGGCAGAGUAUGACGACGCGGAAGAUGAUUCAAAUGGCCAGGGGCCGGAGCAGCCCACCGAGGAAAUUCAGUCACAUCAGUCUGUUCCUGAAGUAGAGGAAUCCCAUGGAGAACACCAGCCAGUGGGAGAAUCGCUCACUGAGAAGAACACUGUGGUUGAUAAAGAUGCUCAGCCUGAACAUACCGAGUCGCUUCAUGACUCUGUUGCUCUCGACAAUGAUGCUCGAGCCGAGCCAGAGCCCAAUGCCAUUGAGGCGGGACAAGGAGUAGAGUAUCAAAUCCAGGAGCAAACUCAGCAUCUGGAAGGAAGCGUGCAGGAUGACGCAGAACAAUCCAAGGAGCAUUAUGACUCCAAAGCUCACAAGACAGAAUCGACCGGCACUAUUGCACCCAUUUCGGAUCCUAUGGGAGCCAACGAAUCUAUCCCGAACCCACCACUUGAUACCUUUGAUACCGUUGACAAUACUUUGGAUCAACAUGAAAGAAACGCUCAGGAUGAAAUCGCUACCGGGGGUAAUGAAUUUGGAAAUGAUAAAGCUGCCAACCCUGAUGAAUUUGAUGGCCAGGAGGAGCACAAUGAGCCCGAAGAUGAGUUCGGUGAUGACGAUGAGGCACCUGCCUCUGAACCCGAGGAUGAAACCUAUGCCGUUGAUCUGACGUCCACUCAUCAUCCCGAAGAAACUUCGGAUGAACAUAGUGCCGUACCUGAAGAGGAUGGUUCCGUCGAUGGCUUGCAAGAUGAUUUCGAUCUGGAAUCCAAUGAUCAGUCGGAAUCGACCGUGAAGCAUGUGCUCCAAGAGGAAUUUGCAGACCAAGAGCGAACACCUGAGCCCGAGGAUGAUUUGCUUGGUAUUGCUGAAGAUGUAAUGCAGACCCCUGCUAAAGAUGGCCCGGACGAUCUCGACCCAAUCGAGAGCGUAGACUUGGAGCAAGAGUUUGAGGGAUUUGAAGGCGCCGCAGUCGACGGAGACGAUCAUGAGGACGAUUAUGACGACAACUAUCCUGUUUUGGAGAUCACGGAUGCUAUUGAGCUGGGUGAAACAGAUGCUCCUCUUACUGACUCCGGCACUCAUGACAACCCAUCCACCAAACGAUCCCGUGAAGAGGAGGAAGAGUGGGAAAUUGAAGACACUACGUCUCCCGAUACCAAGCGUCGCCGACCUUCGUAA